UUCCGGCUCCGGCCGUCCCUCAUCGUCUAUACAGCAGUCUCCUCUUUCCCAACUCCAUUGUAUCUCAAGACUUCAACUUUCUCCGGUGGGGCAAAACCAGAUAACCUGAAUAAUCAUAAACUCCAUCUCACAUACGAAAUCAAACCCUUUAUCAACUUUCUACCAAUGCCGCCAUGUCAAUAAAUCAUUCUGUAGAAUGCAUACCAGGCUAGGAUUUUGGUUGGUAUGGGUCAGAAGAUCGUCAGUUUUCAAUUUGACAUCAACCCAGAGAUUUGGAAGCAUAAACAGGAGAGGUUACUUAUCUGAUUCUCUCUACCAUCGAGCUCCAAUCUCCAUAAACGACGGUUCAUUCAGGAGAGUUGUAUCCAACUUCUUUGUACAUGGGCGACGGCAAUUUUCUGGCUAUGCAGUUGAACAGUUCUCCGAUGACGAGUACGACGGCGAUUGCGACAAUCAUAAGGCUUCAUCAUCAGUUGCUAACAUUGAUGAGUGGAAGUGGAAACUUAACAUGCUAUUACAAAAAGAAAGUGAUCAAGAAAUAGUCUCUAGAGAUAAAAGAGAUAGGAGAGAUUAUGAGCAGAUUUCCAACCUUGCCAAAAAGAUGGGCCUUUACUGUCAGGUAUAUGGAAAAGUGGUGGUUGCUAGCAAGGUACCUCUUCCUAAUUACAGACCAGAUCUUGAUGAUAAACGGCCUCAAAGGGAGGUUGUUAUUCCUUUAAGCUUGCAAAGGAGAGUAGAGGGUCUGUUGCAGGAAUAUCUUGAUAGAAUGCAAUUAAAUUCUGGAAAACACAUGGAGCCUUCAACUGAUUCUAAGAUUUCAAAGGUAGAUGUAAAUCUGGAUGAUGAGCCAGAUUCUCUGCUUGAUGAAUCUGUCAUGGAAAAGGUUCUUCAUAGGAGGAGCUUAAGAAUGCGGAAUAUGCAGAGGGCCUGGCAGGAGUCACCAGAAGGUAACAGGAUUUUAGAUUUCCGAGAAUCACUUCCUGCAUUUAAAGAGAAGGAAAGGCUUCUUCAAGCGAUUGCAAAGAAUCAGGUUGUUGUAAUCUCUGGGGAGACUGGAUGUGGUAAAACGACGCAACUUCCUCAAUUCAUAUUAGAGUCUGAAAUAGAGUCUGGUCGUGGAGCAUUCUGCAACAUAAUUUGUACACAACCUCGAAGAAUAUCAGCCAUGGCUGUUUCAGAUAGAGUAGCUACUGAGAGGGGAGAGCCGCUUGGUGAAACUAUUGGCUAUAAAGUUCGAUUAGAGGGAAUGAGAGGAAGAAACACUCAUUUACUUUUUUGUACCAGUGGUAUUUUGCUUCGGCGAUUAUUGAGUGACCGCAAUCUUAAUGGUAUAACCCAUGUUUUUGUUGAUGAAAUACAUGAGCGGGGCAUGAAUGAAGAUUUUCUAUUGAUUGUGUUGAAGGACCUGCUUCCACGGCGUCCAGAUCUAAGAUUAAUUUUAAUGAGUGCCACUUUAAAUGCGGAGCUAUUUUCAAACUAUUUUGGAGGGGCACCAACAAUCCAUAUUCCUGGAUUUACACAUCCUGUAAGAGCACAGUUUCUGGAAGAUGUACUGGAGAUGACUGGAUAUAGGUUGACUUCAUUUAACCAAAUUGAUGAUUAUGGCCAAGAUAAGUUGUGGAAGACACAGAAACAGUUAGCUCCCAGGAAAAAGAAAAAUCAGAUAACUGCACUUGUGGAGGAUGCUCUAAAUAAAUCAAGCUUUGAGAAUUAUAGCUCGAGGGCUCGUGAUUCACUCUCUUCUUGGUCACCCGAUGGCAUAGGGUUUAAUCUUAUUGAGGCUGUCUUAUGUCAUAUAUGUAGAAAGGAAAGGCCUGGUGCUGUGUUAGUAUUUAUGACAGGGUGGGAGGAUAUUAGUUGUUUAAGGGAUCAGCUUAAAGCUCAUCCUCUUCUAGGUGAUCCAAACAGAGUGCUUUUGUUAACUUGCCAUGGCUCAAUGGCAACAUCCGAGCAGAAAAUCAUAUUUGAUAUGGCGCCCCCUAAUGUCAGAAAAAUAGUACUUGCCACCAAUAUGGCAGAAGCAAGUAUUACAAUCAAUGAUAUAGUCUUUGUAGUUGAUUGUGGCAAAGCAAAGGAGACCACAUAUGAUGCUCUUAAUAAUACUCCGUGUCUCUUACCUUCAUGGAUAUCACAAGCUUCUGCUAAGCAAAGAAAAGGAAGGGCUGGCCGUGUGCAGUCUGGCGAGUGUUAUCAUCUCUAUCCCAGAUGUGUCUAUGAAGCCUUUUCUGAAUAUCAACUCCCCGAACUUCUGAGGACUCCUCUAAAUUCUCUUUGCUUGCAAAUAAAAAGUUUGCAGGUGGAGAGUAUAGGAGAAUUUUUGUCAGCUGCUUUGCAGCCACCUGAACCAUUAGCUGUGCAAAAUGCAAUUGAGUUCUUGAAGAUGAUUGGAGCAUUGGAUGAGAAUGAAAAUCUAACACAUCUUGGAAGUUUCUUGUCUAAGCUUCCGGUGGACCCAAAGCUAGGAAAGAUGUUAGUGAUGGGUGCUAUAUUUAGAUGUUUUGAUCCUGUUCUGACUAUUGUAGCUGGACUUAGUGUCAGGGAUCCUUUUCUUUUGCCUCAAGAUAAAAAGGAUUUGGCAGGGAUUGCUAAGUCCAGAUUUUCUGCAAAGGACUAUAGCGAUCAUAUGGCGCUUGUCCGAGCUUACGAAGGAUGGAAAGAUGCAGAGAGGGAAGGAUCAUCAUAUGAAUAUUGCUGGAGGAAUUUUCUUUCAUCCCAAACCUUGCAAGCGAUUCAUUCUCUAAGGAAGCAAUUUAGUUUCAUCCUUAGAGAUGCUGGGCUGCUGGAUGCUGAUUCGGAAAUUAAUAAUAAACUAAGCUACAAUCAGUCACUAGUUCGUGCGGUUAUAUGUUCUGGCCUUUUUCCCGGAAUAUCGUCUGUUGUGCAAAGGGAGAUGUCAAUGUCUUUCAAAACAAUGGAUGAUGGCCAGGUUUUGCUUUAUGCUAAUUCAGUGAACACGCGUUAUCAGACGAUUCCCUACCCAUGGCUGGUCUUUGGGGAAAAGAUAAAAGUCAAUACUGUUUUUAUACGGGACUCCACUGGUGUUUCUGAUUCCAUCUUGAUUCUUUUUGGAGGUAAAGUCAGCGAUGGUGUUGAGGACGGACAUUUGAAAAUGUUGGAAGGGUACAUCGACUUCUUCAUGGAUCCAAGCUUAUCCGAGUGCUAUACAAUGCUUAAGGAGGAACUUGACAAGCUUAUCCGGAAAAAACUACAAGAUCCAAGCCUCGACAUCCACAAAGAAGGGAAGUUCCUAAUGUUAGCCGUUCAGGAGCUAGUAUCAGGUGAUAUAUGCGAAGGCAGGUUUGUAUUCGGCCGCGAAAGCAAGAAGGCCAAGGAACCUGCUGUCAGUAGCGACAGAUUUACAAGAGACGGAGCAAAUCCAAAGAGCUUAUUGCAAACUCUUUUGAUGAGAGCUGGCCACUCGGCACCAAAAUACAAGACAAAGCAUCUAAAGACGAAUGAAUUCAGAGCUUUAGUCGAGUUUAAAGGAAUGCAAUUUGUUGGAAAGCCUAAGAGAAACAAACAGAUUGCUGAAAGGGAUGCAGCCAUUGAGGCUUUGGCUUGGUUGACUCAUACUUCUAACGUUAAUCAGGAUAACGAAGAUGAUAAUACGACGCCAGAUGUUACUGACAAUAUGCUUAAACUUCUUCACAAGCAUAGGAGAAAGUCGAAUAGGCGGUCUGGUUAGAGAGGAAAUUGUUAUCUUAAUAUCCAAUUGGGGAUUUGAAGUGGAACUUUGAUUAAAUUUUGAUGUUCAUUAAGAGAAAUGGAUGAGAUACAAUAAAUUUUCUUAAUUUAA